AUUAAGAGGUGUGUUCAUAAAACUUCUAAAAAAAUACAAUUUUUUUUUUUUUUUUGAAAAGACCUUGUGAGUAGGUUCUUACAGAAAAGACUACAGUUUUUGAGCAUUAUAGCCCACUGUUUUUGGCUGACGGAUAGAUAUUAUCAUUUCCAUUCGAAUUCGCUCCAAUUUUUCUCUAGGAUUUGUUCCGCGUAAGUCAAGAUCAAAGGAGAAGGAUAGGAAAAAUGAACUCAAUGAAAAGAAAAUCAAACUCAUAUUUAUUAAGAGUCAGCUAAAUAUUUACAAAUCACAUGUGCAAAGUAUGUACAAAUCACAUGAGCAGUAACUCCCAGACUGAGCCAGAUUGGGCAGUAAGUGUCAAGAACCAGUUGAUACCAAUAACUCGAGUUGUUGGGAGAGGUUCAAUCAUGGAUCAUAUACCACAACACUAACACGCCCCCUCAAACGAAAGCCACUUACAAGGGCUUGAAGUUUGCACAGGUCUGAAGACAAGAAUACCAUGUGCUUAACAAAUGGGGGUCACCGGGAAUCGAACACAAGACCUCUCGGUCACAGAAGGCUCUGAUACCAUGUCAAGAACCAGUUGAUCCCAAUAACUCGAGUUGUUAGGAGAAGUUCAAUCGUGAAUCAUAUACCACAACACUAACAGUAAGAAGCCCCUCCAUUUUCCCCGACAGCUCAAUCCAAGAAGUCUUUGACGACUGGAAAACGCAGCUCUAGUAAACCCCCCCUUGCAUUCACUAGCUAUCCAGCCACAUGCAUAAUUUACUCUAUGUUUGGCAUGUAGGCAUUAAAAUUAGAGUGCAUGUUGAGGUGAAAAUUGUAGUGAGUGAUAAGUGAAUGAAAAUUGUAUUGACUGAUAAGUGAAUGAAAAUUGUUGUUAGGAAACAAAAAAUAACGAAGUGCAAAUAGGUUGGAAAAUAAUUGCAUUAUAUUAUUAACAAAAUAUAAAACUUAAAUAAUAAAAUAGAAGUUCUUAAAUAAUAUUCAAUUCAUAAAAAUUAAAAAAUAUGAACGAAAUAAAAUAGUUAUUGGGAUGAUAAUGCUCAAAUACUAAUUAAUUAUAACAAUCAACAAUAUCAUUUAUAGCUGAAAAGUAAAACUGCUACCAUCAUUCAAAAUUUCUUGCUUUUAGAGUGAUUUUCGGAGGCUGACGUGGCAGCCCAUUUUAACGGGCUUUCUUUCCUCUUUCAUCUUCCGUCAAUUGGGUUUCUUUCCCUCAACUGUUUCUGUAACCAUCCUCCCCGUAUUUCUCUCUCCUUCCUACAGCAAAGUGCACGUCGGCCCCAGCAACUUUAAAUAGAUGAUUGCUUUCCUUACCGCCGAGUUCUUCGCCGACAUCAGUUCCCUCUAGUUUUUAUUUUCUUCGCCGAGUUCUUCGCUGCUCAAUUCCUUUCCUGGUUGUAAUCUUCAAGAAUACUUCACUCUAACCCGCUGCAAUGGUUAUGAAACAGAAUAGCAGUUUCUUUCUCCAUGUUCCCCUACUUAAUUCCUUUUUAUUCCUUCUCAGUUCGUCAAUGGUGAAUGUGGUUUUUUUGUUCUUCUUUUUCCUUCAACUCACAAUUUCCAGAAUUUUAAAUUCUAAAGUUAGAACAUUUCCCCCCCAGUCUCUUCAUAUCAACGACCCUUCUUCUUGCUAUUCCCAUCAUUUUCUCUUAAUGCAGCUGCAAGCCCUUUCAAUUCCCGAUCUUGCCUCCAAAUUCGUCAGUUUUACUAGGUACCCUUCUUUUCUUCCUCGCUUAUACGCUUUAGUUUCUCCACACUGAAUGUGGGUCUUCAUUUUCGCUUUUACUUGGUUCGGUUUCUCUCUGUUCAGCUCCUCAAUUGUGGGUCUGAUUGAUCUUACAAAAGCUUGCAGCGUUACAAUGAUAUUUCUUUCCAUUAUUUAGUACAGUCUUAUGUGUUCUCUCUCUGUUAUUGCUAAGAUUGGGCUUAUAGUUUCAAGAAUUGGGUUCCUUUUUAUUUACACAUUUGUAAUGUAUUAAGAAGCUAUAGGUUUCCUUUGCUAGGAUGAAAUCGACUAGAAGAGGAUAUUCCAAUAUGAUUUUGGCACAGAAUUUAGACUUUGUUAAUUGGUUCCAAUUAAUGUAUAGUUUGAGUAAUCAAUGAAUAUACUUAUAUCGUUUUGACAGAAUGAGAGAUAUAUGGUAACAUGUAACCCAUCAAAGGACAAAGCCUAUGCAUUGCUCAAGGAUCAAGCUAAGGCGGAUUAUAUCCUGAAAGCAACAUUCCAUGCUCAUGUUCUGCUGCACUAUGUACACUCUACUCAAGAUAGCCGCAGGUCUUCCUGUCAAAAGGAGAAGAUUAGAGAGGGAAAUGCACAAGAGAAGAGAGGGGAAGAGUUCUUCUUAUUCAUUCUUCACUUUAGAUACAAAUGGUGUGCUCUAUUUAUAGGCACACUUUUGUAACCACUAUAUCCUUAUAUCAAUGAGAGAUAAUGAAACAUAAAGGCGCUAUCAAAUGUAGGAAUAGGGGUUACAUGUAACUCACAAGUGAGCAUCUAAUGUGGUUAUGGCAAUGGUCAUCCAUAUAUCAAUAUUUAUAUAAUACCCCCCUUGGAUGACAACUAGAUUGUAGGGGUGUUCAAACGGUGUGGUUACCAUGGUAACUGUUUUAACCAGUACUAUUUGGAUAAUUUGGUUUGGUUAAUUUGGAUAAUUGGUUUGGUUUGGAUAAAUUUUUUAGCUUGUUUGGUUUAGGUGGUUUGAUUUUAUUUCAGACACUCCUAACCAGUCAAACCAAAUUAACCAUAUAAAUAAUUAGUCAUAUAUCUAACAUAUACACAUACUUAAUAUUUUGAAUAACCACUCAAGAGUUAACGUUCAUCCCUUUUAGACUCAUAAAAUAUAAAGCUUGAUAUUGUUACUUCAAUGUAUAUUUGUAUAUAUAGAGUGUAGACCACAACAGAUGAAUGCCUAAUUUAGAUAAAGCUCAUAGAUUAUGUUGGAUGAAAACUUGAAAGCAAGGUACUUUUCAGCCUAUGGAAAUUGCUAAAAAGACAAAGUCAAUUCAAACAAACACAACAAUUCAUUAACCCAUACCAUUGUGGUAAAAUUUUGCUAGGUGAAUACUUCUAUACUAACCGUAAGAUAAUUGUCUUAGUUGCCUGUAUUUAUGUUAAAUGUCAACUAUAACCGAGUGUGAAUUGUUAUGUUUUAUUCAUUAUAUAAAUUGUGAAUUGAUAAAUUAACCGAAAUUUUUCUCAAUUAAUGAUAAUGUAAUUUAAUAUUGGUUAAUCUGGUUAACCAAUUAACCAAAUCGAUUAAACUUUAGUUUGGUUAAUUUGGUUGUUGUAUUAGUUUGGAUGGUUUGGUUAUGAUAUUGUAUUCCAUGGUCAAUGAAAUUUAGCCUUAUUUGGUUUGGUAAUAACCAUGGUUACCAUUUGAACACCCCCUACUAGAUUGCAUUACGCUAUCUCAUACUGCCUCGUUAAAAACCUUACCAGGAAAACCCAGUGGGAAAAAACCAUGGUUAAUGGCAAAAGAGUGUAGUGCGUAUAUGCUCCCCUCAUGACCACAUCACUUCAAAUCUUUGAGUUGUUGAACUCAAAUUUCACGAACAACUUUUAGAAAUAUUGUUGUCGGGAGUGAGUUAGUGAACAAUCUUCUAGAUUGUCAAUUUAAUGCAUGAUCUUCAGAUUUUCUUCAUACAUGAUCGUCAGGACCAUUUCCUUUGGAAAUAGUUCACAAGCACAAGUCCUUUAGAUAUGGUGGAUCACAAAGUGUAACGAAGUACAUUAAGGACUUGCCUAUUAUAGUUUGUUUAGUUUCUCUAUGAACAGUUAUAUCAUCAUAUGUAUGAGAUAGCUCGCCUCCGAUCAACCAAUAUGAGGAUCAAAUGGUAUAUAUGAUUUGGAUAUAUAGUUCAUCAAAUAUAUCUUUGAUAAUACCAUAAUAGAACAAUCACAUAUAUUGUUUUUGAAGGUAACAAAGUAUUUUCAAUGUUCCAUUGAGAGAAACAUUGUAUUUUGCUAAUAUUAUCAAUAGCAAAAUGAUAUUUUGUAUGGUGCUCUAAUGCAUCAACAUAUGGUACUUCAGGACCUAGUACAUCAACAUAUAGUACUUCAUGACUUAAUGUUUCACUUCUUUCUUGAUGCCUAAAUGGAUCUUUGGUCACUUCUAGUGAUCUUAGGAUCCUAAUUUUAGUUGAUGAACAUAAUUUGUUCAUGCAAAAUUACUUUUCCACUUUUUCACCAUUACCUUCAUUGCCCAUAAAAGGAUCUUAAAUCCUUCAAUUUAACUUAUGUCUAUAAGCAAUCAACUGCUUUAGAAAGCUCUUCAGGAGCUCCAAUAAUAUUCAUAUCAUCAAACAUAAUAUGAGGUCAUCACAAAGUAUUGAUGCAAGAAAUUCUUUCAUAUCUC